CUAUUCUCCAAUAAAUGGCAUUCUCGACGGCGGGGUCGUCAUCGUCCAGCGGAAAGGGGAAGGGUUGUAAACGGGGGGUUGGAUCAAUAACAGCUGUUGGCACACACACACACACUAUAGACCUUUGAGCGGAAGAGUGUAUUUACACGAAACCUGGACGCAUGUGUAAUACGACGGAUGUACAAUUGGAGUAAACACAUACAAAUACCCAUGGAAUCAAGAUAUAGGUACGGCAGUCUAGAUCAGUAAAAUAUAUCGAAAGAGUUAUGGUGCGCGUUUAGCUAUCGUUUAAAUCGGAAAUCUUCACGAAACCACCGGGUACAGCUAUUUCAUUAUAAUUAUAAUGUACAUUAUAUACUAAGUACUUGUAUGUUUUCGUCAUGUAAUAUAAUCAAUCGCACAUCAGAUUUCAAAAUACAUUUCAUUAGAUAUGACUUAAUUGUAUCGUAAUGAUGUACACAGUACAGACAUAGCAGGCUGCUGGUAUAAACACACAACAGGCCGGAUGGUUGAGAAAUGAAUUCGAUGGAAAACUCAGAGACCAGCUACAACCUGCCGACGGGCAGUUGCUCGACAAUGGUCAGAAAUCUAGUAUCUCAAUUCAACGACCUGUUCAGUGAUUUCAAUCGAUACAUCUCUCCGGCCUACCACCACGACCGAUGCGAACGAUCGGUGCACAUGCGUUUGUAUUCGAUGAACAAACGGGAAUUCGUAAUGGUGUUCAUCGUCCUGUUGACGGCCAUGGGACUGGUGUUAUUCAUCGGAUUGACGGGACCUCCGAUCACACUGACGAGUAAGAUUAGCGGAGUUGAAGUAUUGAAGCACACGAACGGAUCUUUGCCACAGGGCCCAUUCGUCAUGAAAACUCCCAGUCUGUCGGUGUAUAACCAACGAUUGUGGUUAAUCGCAGUCGUGCUGACGGACAACAAAGACGACGAAACUUAUGAUAAAAGUUUCAAGAUCAGCAUGGCCAUCAAGGGAAUUACCCCUCAGCACAAAACCACUGAUAUAGUAAAAGUUUUUAAAAACAACAGGACGAGACAUUUACUUUGCAAACAACAGAUAUGUAGCCAAGUGCCUAUUGCUCAUAUUGGCUACAUACACUUUACUCAUUAUACGUUUGAAGUAGAUUUUUAUAAUCUAGAGACUUUUCAUCAAAAGUAUCAAGUAAAAGAAGUCAUGUUCUAUUACAAAUCGUACAACCCGGGCUACACCCAAAUGGAAAUAUGGUUCAGAUGUUCUAAUAAAAUAUAUAAUUUUUUUUUUUAGUGUUGCUUUGCGAAUUCAUUAAGGAAAUUUCCAGUGGUGGAUUGGUCGUACGAACAAAAAUGGACUGUUGUCUUAUUGCCACUGUUAAUAUUAUUUAAUGAUCCAAUAUUUCCUUUGACACUUCUCACAAGCAAUCAACUAAUCGGAAUGUUAGAUGGUGUCUUUCAAAUAACAUUUAUCUGUGCAAUUUUAUUCUUCUGGCUUUGCAUUUAUCACGGAUUACGUCAAAAUGAAAGAAAACCGAUUGCAUUUUAUCUCCCAAAAGCAAUUUUAGUUGGUCCAUUUUGGAUAUGUGGUGUUAUAAUGGCCAAAUAUCGUCGAAUGAAUGAAUUUGAUGACCCAGCAUUCAGUUACGAGAUUGAUUCUAGCGCAUACACUAAUAUCAAGUCGUGUGUAGGCAUUUUUGCAAUCAUAUACAUAGUGUAUCUAGUAUGCUUGAUUUUAAGAGCAUACAGUGAUUUGCGUUCAAUGCCAUAUUUUGAUGCUAGACUGAAAUUUGUAACUAUUUCAAUGAUCAUAUCACUUAUAAUAUGUUCAACCAUAACACAUAUGCAAUAUGGGCUUGGCUUGAUUGAAGACUCAUUUGCUGCAGACUUGAACACAGAAUAUAUGACGUCAGCAUUAUUUAUGACCUUUUAUGGUAUUUGUAAUUUCUAUGUGUUUACAUUGGCUGCUGUUUACUCCCCGACAAAAAAACCAGGAUUUGAGUCUUCGGUAACAAAAGAUAAUCCUGCAUUCUCAAUGGUCAAUGAUUCUGAAGAAGACAUACCAUAUGGUUCAGACGAAGAAAGCCACAAACCACUAAACCCUCCCAACGAUGACAGUGAUUAAUUAAUUACUUAUUGUUUAUUUGUACAUAAACUCUAUUUGGUCUUUUAUAAACUUUUUCAAGUUCAAAAAUAACAUUAAAAAGUUAAUUUUUCGAAAAAUAACAAUUUAAAAUAUUUGUUUAAAAAACUAUGUUGUUGCAAUUUAAAUUAAUUAACCCCAGACCUAGUGGUUAGUAAAAAUAAAUAAAUAUUAAACAUAUUUAUUUAUUUUAUAGCAUAUUAUUGAUUAAACAAUAUUUUUUAAAUUAUCAAUAAUAACUUACUAAUGACUGAUUAAGAAAUAAGGAUACCAAAUCCCAGUUUAGACUUUAGUUGUUGAGAAAAGUAUUCGCCCAUGAUUUUUGCAAAUACAUUUAUUUGAAUGUAACUAAUUUAGUCGGAUUCUUCAUUUAUUCAACUUUAUACUAUUGUAUUAUUAUGAAUUGUUUUAAUAUUCUCAAUAUCAUCAUAAUAUUAUCUUUGAUAUUAUAACAUAUUCUAAGAAGUAAGAUCAUUUAUAGGUAAAAUUGUUUUUUCUUUAAUAAUUUAAAGACAGUUUGUAAGAUAAUUCAGUUUAUUCUUAUAUAUUAUGUAUACCAUUAAGAUAUUUUAUUAAUUCAUUUUGUACUUUAACCGUUAUGAAUAAAACUGAAUAAAAAAAUUAAUCUUAAUUUCAAAUUUGAAUGUCUUUAUAGUAGUAUUAAGAAAGAUAUAUACAUACAUAUAUGUACAUACAUUUUUUACCGAUUUAAAUUAAAUUAAAUAUAAAAAUGAAAAA